AUGAAUGAUGACCAGCUUCGCAGAAGAGUAUCUAAAGCAUGCGAUGCAUGCCGCGCGAAAAAGAUAAAAUGUGAUGGAGAUGAACCCUGCUUCAAUUGCGUAAAGUCGUCCUGUUCAUGUACCUAUUCCCAUGUGGCGAAAAAACGCUUGAAACCACCAACACGAGUAUCAAAUCGGAAAAUUCUUGUGGAUCUAUCUGAACGUUUGUCGAAACUGGAAAAUAUUCUCUCUCAGAUCAGAGACGAGGCUUGCACGCCCAACGACAAUGCCGACAAAACCGCAACUCCAGGCUCCACCAUGCAAUCAGCCCAAAUGGAUUAUAGUGACUCCGAUUCCGGUGAAAGCAGCGAUAGAGAAUCUGAAGAGUUCGAGGAUUCAAAGAUUGAACAGGAUUUCCGUUACCGGCCUCACUCAGGUCGAAAACAACCAAUCGAACUUCUUCGCACUCAAUUGGAUCAAGAUGAGGCAGCAGCAGCAGAAAAUACCACUUAUAACUCCGGGGACUCCCCAUCAAUCCACAUUAUCGACAACGAGGAAAAAUAUGUUCAUCCAACUGCGAGGGCCACGUAUUUAGGUGCGUAUUCUGCUUUUUCGAUGUUCACCCGCAAGGGCGUCCAAUGGGUGCACGAUAAGCUUAUGGGAGGUCCUGAUAUCCUGGGGACUGUUUUGCAAGUACGAGCAGUACUUUGUAGCAACAAUUUUACUGCCUUUAAUGCCUGUUUUGAAAAAACGGGUAUAAUCGACACCUACGAUUUCCCAGAACCAGAAGCAUGUGAAGUACUUUUCCAAAAUUUUAUUACCCAUGCUAUUCCAGUAUCGCCUGUCGAGGUGGCCUACGAAAUUCCGCCAAUAAAGAAGAAAUUCGAAAGCUCACCCCGAAGCCUCAACGUCUCUGAGCUUUUUCUUGUCGACACUAUUUUACUCAUUGGUUCUACGAUUCAAUGCCAAAUCUGUCAUAUCAAUAAUCUCGACAGCACAAAAUGGACAAUGAUACAGACCCAAAUGAUGCUCAAAACUCUGCGGCUUUAUCAACAAACAAGUUUGGCUUAUUUUGGUGACGCACUUGUAUAUAUAAAGGGUGUUAUGCUAUUUUGCUGGCAAAUUGAAAACUCUCCAACCCCCCAGUUGGCCUACCUGCUGCUGUCGACCGCGGUGCGGCUGGCUCAGGAAAUGAGCCUGCAUCUGAGAGAGGCCUACCUUAAGAUACCUGAUGCUACAGAAGCACUAAAACGUCAUGUUCUUUGGAUGAACCUUUACCGAUUCGACAUUUAUCUGUCCACCCGUACUGGCAAGCCCUCGUCUAUCCACGAUGGAGAUACGAAUUCAUUAGAGGACUGGGACUUUUACCAAUAUAUUCAUGCUCAGCGACAAGGUGACGCGCUGGUUGUGAGAAACAGCUCAUCGGGUGAUGAAUUGAAGCAGUCUUUGUCAGAGUUGCGACCUGCUUUAGCAGGGUUUUGCUCGGACUCGAGGCAAGAUCUCAAUUUUGCUUUAAAAUUCUAUGAGUUGCAUCUUGCUCGGCAUUCAAGGAAAUGCUAUCGCUAUCUAUUAACAUGCAAAGCGUUGGAAGAAAAUGAUUACGAACGCAGAUCGGUGCUAGCACGAAAAUUGAAUUUAGAGCUCGACGAAUGGGUAGCGAUGCUUCCUCCUUUUAUGAGGCCAUCGGAUCAAAUUGAAAAUUUGAAAGAACUUGACAAUCUAUUGAAUUCAAUGCCAGAACGAUCCAAAACGAAUGCACCCUGGUCUUUUGUUGACGCACCGCCCGCUACUGUGAAGAUGAAAAUUAUCACCAUGCAUAUGGAGUAUUAUUUGAACCUUCUAUACACGAAUUGCGUGCUUAGCCGGAUUCCAUGGCAGACUCAAUCGGACUGUCCGCAUCCGGGAUCAAGGGAUCUUGGAAAUGACGAAAAAUGCACGUACGCGGCUAGAAUGAUGGUAAAAAUUGCUAGCCUAGUUGUAACUCCGACCAACCCAAACAUAUCCUUCUGCGGUAAUACACUGUAUGCGUUUUUGAGCGGAUUUUUGAAUCUUUUUUAUCGCUGCAUUGAAGAACCUAAAUCCAGAAGGGAAGAUUUGCUACUGCUUUACGACUCAACGCUUUUGAUGGUCAAAACAGCAAAACGACAAAGAAACGCGUAUUCGUUGAAAUGGACUGGUGUUUCAUUUAUGGCGUUGAGUUUGAUGAAGCUAGGCUCUAUAACUUACCGAGCCCAAACGAAUGAUCAUACUAUGCGUAUCAAAGAUGAGGUUAUUAUAAGUGAAUUAAAAGCACUUCAAGCCGUACUAACCACUCAACCCAACGAAAUACUUGCGCAGCUGCGCGCGAUAGAUGAAAAAAGAAACAAUUUGAAACCUACAGCUGAAGCCCCUAACGCGACGAACGAUAUUUCAGAAAGUAGUCCUUCAAGGAAAAUUGACACCUGGCUCGGUGACCAGAGUAGAGCUUUGAAUGACAAGAAUCUCGAACAGACUGCGCCCGACGUCAAUUUUACACCAUCAUUUGCACCUCCAUUGGCAGACGUGUGCAAUCUCCCAUUCCAAGGCAUUUCCACGGGAGAAAUUCCUUUCGAAUUGCUGCCGGAUACAGACUUUCUUGACCAGUUUUUCCGCACGGAGGAUCCAUCGUUGGACAAAACAUCUAUUUUCCGUUUUUGA